AUGUCCACCACCCCAUUUCCAAUCCCCCACAUAAUACCUCCACAUCCUGACCACCCACACACGCACACCGCAAUCCUUCUGCAUGGCCGCGGAAGUUGCGGCCGCGAAUUCGCAGAAGACUUGUUCACCUCGCACACUUCGCAAGGCAUCAAUCUCCCUACGGCCUUUCCAACAUGGCGCUGGGUGCUUCCUACGUCUCGGGUACGCUGGAGCAGCUUGUUUCAGGAGGAGAUGUGUGCUUGGUUUGGGGCGGGGCCGCCGGGCAGGGGUACUGAUGGUUUGAACUCUGACACUGGGGCGAAGCAUCAGGAGCAGGAGGAGAUGGAAGGGCUACGAGAGUCAGUUGAGUUUAUUGUUGGACUCGUGGAGAGGGAGGUUGGGGUUUUGGAGGGUCAGAAAGAGAAGGUGUUUCUAGGAGGGAUGAGCCAGGGGAUGGCGACUGGGUUGUGGACUCUGCUGAGUCUUCAUGCAUCGUUAGAUGGGAGGCUGGGUGGGUUCCUGGGGAUGUGCGGGUGGUUACCCUUCGCCGAGGGGGUUGCGGCUUUAGGAGAAGAGGUUGGAGAUGAGCAAGGUAAAGAUAAGGCCGCCUUGGGGUUCUUCUCUAGGCGGCUUUUUGGUGAUUCCAGGUUAGAGGAGAUUAAUACGACUGUUCUUUCAACGCCGGUGCUCUUGAUGCAUGGGACUGAUGAUGUUUGGGUGCCGGUGGAACUGGGCAGGCUGGCAAGAAGCAUCCUAGAGGGUUCCAUGGGCCUGUCGGUUGAGUGGCUUGACUUUACUGGUGCAGAGAAUGAUGGGCAUUGGGUUAAAGAGCCAGAAGGGUUUGAUCGAAUUGCACAGUUCUUCAGCAGGAGAAGUAACGAAGGGGCUGUGAGUGCAAGAGACAAGGGCUCAAACACAGGCUGA